UCUGGUGUGCAAGGAGUGAAAAUAGACUUCAGAACAUUUUAGAAGGUGCAGUUGAAGGAGAGCAAUAUCACAAACAUUAUAAAAGCCACCAGUCUCCGAGAUGGUAACAAUGCACAUUCUACUGCCAGUGAUACUGUUGCACCACUCUCUAACAUAUGCCAAUGGAUUUUGCUUUGUGAAAUGUGACCAGACAGUUACUGUCACUGCAAACUGCAUUGAGCUCUCAGAAGUUAACUUUUCUAACAUGGGAAAGGUGAAUGUAACCAAUCACUCCAUCACACAUGUAAAGACAUUUCCAAAUUCAACAUACCACAAACUCACUUCUCUGGAUAUGUCCUACAAUAGCAUUCAAAUACUUCCGGAAGAUUUUCUAUACAAUGCUAAUAUGCUGAAAGAAGUUAUCCUCUCUCAUAAUAUGAUUUCAAAACUACCAGAAAUGUUCUUGGUAAAUGCUUCUGCUUUGGAAUGCUUGAAACUUGAAGGAAAUCCAUUAUCCUCCAUUCCCGCUAGUGUUUUUCAACCCAGCCUCCGGAACUUGAGAAUUAAUUGUGAAUGUACAGUUGUAGAAAGUACACAGAAAGCAAACAGGUUUUGUCACAAUAGCACAGAAUGUUCCUUCAAAUGUCAGAAAGGGUUAUCCUGGUUUGAUAUUGAAGAAUUCUACCAAAAAGAAUGCAGAACUGUUAUGUUGGCAUGGUACAUAGCAAUUCCCUUUGUGGCUGUUGCACUACUAGCGGGAGGCACGACUUAUUUCAUUUGUUCUAAGAAAAAGAAAGAGGCUAAUUUUGAAAGCAACAAAAAUGUCGACAAAUCACCUGCUCAUGGGCAGCAACAUUAUACGACAAGAAAUAUGGAAAACAUCUCUACAGCAACACAUCAUCCAGGAAAAAAUUAUGAGAAUGUUGUUAUUGGUCAAUGGCAUCCAGAUCAAGAGAAGCCGUACACUUUCACUGAACACAAGAGAUGGCAGGCUGGAAACAGCGAUGCAAUGAAAGAAGAAGACAUAUACCUGGAAAGUGAUGUAACUGAUGGUGACCUGCCUAUCUACACCAACACACAAAACGUGUACUAUAGUUACACGGAGUCUGGUGAAAUGAACAACAUGAACAAGGAAGAGGAUGAUGUGUAUAUCUUACCAGAUCAGUAAUCACAGAAGCAUUUCUAAUUCAUAAUUCCACCUUGUCUACUGUAAAUGUGACAAGAACAGUUGAGAAUGAGUCCUUUCUGAAUCUUGCCAAAAAUCUUCCUUUAUAAAGACUUGACCCAACAGGCACAAUACACAAGUCGUACUUCUGCUGUGGCAGCUGUUUAGCCAAAUAGCACUAAUACAUAUAAAUGCAUUUCCUAUACAAAUUAUGUGUUUAGCUUGAAAUAUUGAAACAAUAUUGUUUGUCCAGUGAAAAUAAAGCAAACUGUUGAGAAGAAGACAUUUAACCAGAACCCAGCCACAUAUAUGCCCUAGACAAUUAAGCAAGUUGUCACCAUGAAAUCAUUUCAAGUGCAAAUGGACAUUUGAUUUGAUAAGCACUUAUGGAAUCCUCGCAAUAAAUAAACCUUCUUUAUAAAGUAAGACAAACUGAAGUUUUUGGAGUUGUGACACAUAUAUGGGUAAAAAUCAAAGUUCAUUUAUUGUCAUUUAUUUGCAUAUGAGAAAAAUGCUCAUUGCUGAAAGAGGGCAGUAUGCAAAGCCAUUCUCUUCUGAGCUAAAAUGAGCACAAUUUUAGUAAAAAGUAUAGCAUUCUAACUAUUGUGUAUGUGUGCCAUGUGUCUUUGUUAUAAUCUGCGGCAAGGCCCAGCAUUUUUAUUAUGACGCUUGUUUCCUCAUUGUCCUCUGUUCUCUAAUGAGAGCAAUAUUUCUGGUGUCCAUGGCUGAACUACAAACUGUGGUUAUUAAAUUACAACUAAAGUAAACCCUGUCACAAUGUGAAAUGGAGGCCCGGGGCAAAUCUCCUUUUCUACCUAUAAAGUCAAUAGACUCUGAGUCAGGGAGACCUCUGUUCAGUUCUGGUUAAUAAUACCCAUUUUAGCCCUUUGUGGUAUUGUUCAAGUCAUUUAUUUCUGCACCGUAGGUACCAGGUUUCUGGGGUAAUGUAUUAUAAGUCGUUAAAAACAAAAAUAAAAUGCACAGUGCUUUUUAGCAACCAUUAUAGUUUGAUCCAGUGUACCAAUGAAUGUAAUAAAAUGUGUCAAUAAAAAAAUAAUUAUAUUUGUGCGUAAAAAAUUCUAAUGAAGAACAAGAAGCACAAUGCAAAAUGCUAUUUUUUGUCUUAUUAAAUUUUAAUCUCUAGUGGGAAGAGGUCCUAGAUCCUAUGUAUCUAAAAAAAAAUCUGUGCAUGUUACUGAUGAUUAUAAGAAUAAAGAUUAAAAUAAUA